ACCGGCUUGCCGUAAAGUGUUUCGUUUUUUCUGUUUUCUGGUUAGCUUCAACUAACUUUAAGGUCGUUUAAAGUUGUUCCCGAUAAAGACAGCACAGUGGUUCCUGUUUCCGGGCAGAUCAGGAGCAUCGUUCCCAUCGGCUCACUUUCACCGGGUUUUGGGUCAGACAUCAUGGCGGCUCCCGCUCUGCUGGUUCUGUUCGGGAGUCAGACCGGAACCGCCCAGGACACGGCCCAGCGGGUCGGCCGGCAGGCCCAGAGGAGGCGGCUGAAGGUCCGAGUUCUGCCUCUGGACGGAUACAACGUGGCCGACCUGAUCUCAGAGUCUCUGGUUGUCUUCGUUUGCUCCACCACCGGUCAGGGAGACGCUCCGGACAACAUGAAGAACUUCUGGAGGUUCUUGUUCAGGAAGUCUCUGCCGGCCGGGUCGCUGAGCUGCCUGGACUGUGCGGUUCUGGGAUUGGGAGACUCAUCGUAUCCAAAGUUUAAUUUCGUGGCUAAGAAGCUCCAGAAGCGUCUGGUCCAGCUCGGGGCGGCCAUGUUGGUUCCGGUGGGUCUGGCGGACGACCAGCACGACCUGGGGCCGGACGCCGUGAUCGACCCGUGGCUCCAGUCGUUCUGGGAGAAGGUUCUGGUUCUGUACCCGGUUCUGUCCGAAGUGGAGCCACUGAGGGACGAUGAACCACUGCCGCCGUCGUACACGCUCCACUUCCUGGAUGAGAAGACGGACCAGAACCCGGAGCGGACUGAGACCGUCCCGGAGCGGAACUGGACCGACCCGGACCGGCCCGUCCCCUCAGAAUCCAGUCCGUACCCGGCCCGGAUGCUGUCCAACCGCCGGGUCACCGACCCGACCCACUUCCAGGACGUUCGGCUGCUCGACUUCGACAUCAGCGGAUCCAACAUCCAGUUUUCAGCCGGAGACGUGGUUCUGAUCCGUCCCCAGAACUCGGAGGACGACGUCCAGCGGUUCUGCCAGCUGCUCCGGUUGGACCCGGACUCCAGAUUCACGCUGACGCCAAACGGCGACGCUCCAGUUCCGGCCCGGCUGCCUCGGCCCUGCUCGGUGCGCCGCCUGGUGGAGCGUUACCUGGACGUGGCGGCCGUUCCGCGCCGCUCCUUCUUCGAGCUGCUGGCCGCCGUGGCGACCUCUGACCUGGAGCGGGACAAGCUGCUGGAGUUCUGCUCGCCGGCGGGUCAGGACCAGCUGCAGGCGUACUGCGGCCGGCCGCGCCGCACCGCGCUGGAGGUUCUGGCAGACUUUCCUCUCACCACAGCAGAACUGGAACCGGACCGGCUGCUGGACCUGAUCCCAGAGAUCCAGCCGCGCUCCUUCUCCAUCGCCUCGUCCCUGAAGGUUCUGCCCGGCCGGCUACAGGUUCUGCUGGCCGUGGUCCGCUACAGAACCAAGCUACACCGACCCAGAAUAGGGCUCUGCUCCAACUGGCUGGCCUCUCUGGACCCGGAACAAGGCGAGGUUCUGGUUCCGCUGUGGGUGAAGCGGGGCGCCCUGCGGUUCCCUCCGGACCGGGACACGCCCGUGGUUCUGGUGGGACCCGGAACCGGAGUGGCUCCCUUCAGAGCGGCGCUGCAGGAGAGGCUGUCUGAGGGAAAAACAGCCAGCGUUCUGUUCUUCGGCUGUCGCUCGGAGACCAAGGACUUCUACUUCCGCUCUGAGUGGGCGGCCAUGACGGCGGCCGGGAAGCUGCAGCUCUUCACCGCUUUCUCCAGGGACCAGGAGGAGAAGGUGUACGUUCAGCACCGUGUGAGGGAGAGGGCAGCGCUGCUCUGGGACCUGAUGAGCAACAAACAUGGCUGCUUCUACAUCGCCGGGAACGCCAAGCAGAUGCCGGCCGCCGUGCGCGACGCGCUGCAGUUCGCCUUCCAGCAGGAAGGGGGCGUGUCCGCCCAGGAGGCGGAGCAGAUGCUGGUCACCAUGGAGAAGACGGGCCGCCUGCAGAGCGAGACCUGGUCCUGACCCGGGCCCUGGUUCUGACCCGGAGCCUGUGGUUCUGGUUUGACCAUCAAUAAAUCUGUUUGUCUCGUA